AUGCUCUUCAAGAUUGCCAAUGUUGUUACGGGUACUGGCCCUGAAAGCGUUACUAAAGACGAAGGAACCUCGCUCACCUCUGUCCUCGAAACACCCACCCUCCGCGUCGAGCUAGCCUUGCUAGUACUACUCUGCACCGAUUCCAUGCGAGAUGAAUUAUUAGCCACUUUCGAUCCGAGCAAGACGCACGGGACACGGACAACGACCGCUGAGGCUGCUCCGGCCGCAACUAAAGCAAGGGCACACACACAGGACCUUAUAAGCUUUGACGAGCAAGGAGAAGAGACGGCAGUGGCCGCGAGACAGCAAGAAGUGGAGUCUACGCAAAUGCAGGCUCUGCGGAGGAGUGCUCUCACCUUUUUUGAUAAAUGGCGUGCAGGGGUUAUGCAUCGUAUAUGCGAUGUGCUCUGUGUGAGGGGUGAUGUCGUUAGGCAGGAAAAGGCCAAGAGGAAACAAUCUUUGAUUGCAGUGGAGAAACAGAAACAAAGCAUUUCAUCAUUAAUCGACUUCGGCGACGACGAUCCGUUCACAAGUGACGCGCAGACAAAAAGCGGAAGGAGGAAGCACGGUCAUUACGAUGCUAUCCAGACGAAGCUCUCGGCUUUUGAACACGAGAAGCGAGUACUGAUCUUACACUGCCUUCUGUUACUCUUGCUGAGUUUGGAACAUUACCCGGCCCACUCGCGAGUUCUACUACUACACCUUGCAAGCAGCCUAGAUGUAGAGACUGACGUACUGGCUGAGCAGGAGAAAUCAGUGGCCCAAGGACUCUUAGCGACUGCUGCUUCUCAGAUGGAUGCCGAAGAGACCACCAAGAAACAGACAUCUAAUGAUGCCGCCACACGGAGGUGGAAAGUUGGUCUCGCUGCAGUGGGUGGUGCUGUCCUCAUUGGAAUGACUGGUGGUCUUGCUGCUCCGCUAUUGGCUGCUGGUCUUGGUACGGUCAUGGGUGGGCUAGGUCUAGGCGUAGUGUCCACAUAUCUGGGAGCACUAGCAGGCAGCUCUGUGCUUGUCGGUUCGUUGUUCGGGGCAUACGGUGCGAAGAUGACGGGCAGAUUGAUGGAUCAGUAUGCAAAGGAAGUCCAGGACUUCGAGUUUGUCCCCAUCCAAGAUCCCGAUCGUCCCUCAAACCAGCGCGAUCAGGAUUGGAGCGACGAGCAGGACGCUCGCGACCCAAGGAAGCGCGAGCAGCACCGUCUGCGAGUGUGCAUUGGCAUCAGCGGCUGGUUAAGCUCACCAUCCGACGUCAACAAGCCCUGGGAAGUUAUUGACAGCGCCACUACCGAGCCCUUUGCGUUGCGAUUUGAACUUGACGCAAUGCUUCGUCUUGGCAACUCACUCAACGAUGUACUAUUCAGUUAUGCGUGGGAUGGCGUUACAUAUACUGUCGUCAGUCGCACGCUUCUUGGCGCCUUGUAUGCUGGGCUUUGGCCUUUGGGCCUCGUAAAGGUCGCAAGUGUGCUCGACAAUCCUUUUAGUGUUGCCCUUGCACGAGCAGACAAGGCUGGUAAAGUUCUGGCACAUGCGCUCAUCGAUGGUAUACAAGGAAAACGCCCUGUAACUCUAGUGGGAUACUCCAUCGGGGCACGCGUAAUCUACGCAUGUCUUGUCGAACUCGCUAAUCAACAUGCUUUCGGCCUCGUCGAAUCCGUUAUUUUGAUGGGUACACCAGCGUCAGUAGGUAGCAAGAGGUGGAGGCAAAUCCGAUCUGUCGUUGCAGCGCGCGUAGUGAACGUCUACAGCACCGAAGACUACGUAUUAGGCUUCCUGUAUCGAUCAGCAAAGCUCCAGGUUGGUGUUGCGGGCUUGCAAGAAGUCAAAGAUGUGUACGGUAUUGAGAAUUUCGAUAUGAGCAAACUGGUGAGCGGCCAUGACAGAUAUCGGUAUCUGGUUGGUACGAUCCUGGCUAAGGUUGGCUUUGACGAUUUGAAUUUCAACAAAGUUGCUGAGCAAGAACGGGCAUUAGAGGUAGCAGAGAGAAAGAAACAGCAAAUGAAGGAGCGGGCCAAGACGCGCGAAGUUCAGCACGAGCAGCCAAAUAUGUCUACACAAAGCUCGAAAGAAACGCCGGCGAAAAUUUACCAAGGCCGCCCACAACCUCUCAUCAACGUUUCCGACAACCAGAGUCCUCCAAUGCCCAACCUAAAUCAACGAUCAUCGUCUCAACGACCAACCAUCAUAAAGCAGGCUAGAUCAACCCAGCAGCCAGCGAUUCAACGUACCAUAGCAAUGGAGACUUAUGCACGUACAGCUCUGCAACCAUCUCUCAACAACUAUGCUGUCUCAGGAUCAGAUCCUUUGCGGGUUGCCGUUGCAAAUGAUACCUCCUCGCCCCCAGUCAACGAGUUUGUCGCCGCCUCAAAUCCACGCCAGAUCCCUUCGAAAAUGGUCUCAAUACCUACCACAAUUCCUCAACUAACAGAAGCCGUAAUAUCUUCAGAGGAGCAGGAAGAAAGCAAAUAUAAGAACACUAUGACGUCUCUAGAUUCGGUGGAGAAGACUGGGCCUUCUAUGGUAGUCACGGAGAAAGUUACCCUUAAAGGAGACGGGAGAGGCACAAGUGAGAAUCCAGAGAGUAGUGGCGAAGAAGACGACAACGUUGAUGAUGAGGUCAGCAGUGAGUUUGGUGAAUUGAGCUUAGUGGAACCGGUUCCGAUGGACGAUUUCGAUUAUGGACUUAUGUGA